AGAGGUUGAGUCUGAGUUCUCCCAGGAGCAGAGUGAGCAGGCCCAGGAGCUACAGCACACAGGACAGGGCUGUGAGGUCAGUUGGUGAAUCACAUGCCCAUUUGGAGCCUCGGUUUACUGACUUUUCAAAAAGGAAAGCACCUUUGAGAUCAGCAUCCUUGGCAACAUGCGUCUACAGCUUGGCAUCAAAAGCAUUGGAUGGGACUGCUUUCCAAAGGACAUCAUUAUCCACAAAAGGGAGAAAGCUGGACAUACAUAUGAUAAAGAAGAUGACCUGCUGAUCGGUGUGCCUAGUGAAGCCACAGUUCUUGGAACCAUCCAGCUACUAUGUGCCCUGGUGCUUGCAAGCUUUGGGGGCAUUUUGGUGUCAGCUUCCUACUCUUCCUACUUCAGCGCAGAAGCCUCCACCACUUUGAUGUCUGGGUACCUGUUUAUUGGAUCCCUCUGUUUUGCCAUUGCUGGAAUUCUCUCCAUUAUCUCUGAGAAAAUCUCAACCAAACCCUUUGCACUGAGAAGCCUGGCCUCCAAUGUAGCAAGCUCUGUUGUUGCUAUCAUUGGCCUCUUCCUCUUCACCUAUUGCCUGAUAGCCCUGGGGACUGCCUUUCCACACUGUAACUCAGAAAAGAAAUUCCUGUCCUUAUUGUAUUACAUGAAUUCCCACCAUUGGAAGAAUGAAGACAAGAACUGUCACCUGGCUUAUGUCAGUGCUCUAAGUGCUCUGGGGAUGAUGCUCCUCUUCACUGGGCUGGAGGCUUUGCUAGCUGUAUAUAGUUCUAUCUUUUGGUGGAAGCAAGUUUACUCCAACAAGCCUGGGGGUACAUUUUUCUUGCCUCAAUCACAAGAUCAUACUCAACUUGUCAAAAGCAAUUUGUUGCAGUAAUGGAUAUGAAAUAAGAAGAAAGAAGAAAUCGAUUGCUCAUGGCAGAGCACAGCUAAACUUUCCUGAAAUCUUAGCCUUAGUAGAUUCUAAUAAACAUCUGAAGAAAAGCUUUC